AGAAGUCCGCGAUAUCACGCCUCCAACUGACGCCACGAGCCUUGUUUGUUUUAUUUGACAUAACUCGUGCGAUUCAGAGCUCCUACUUUAUUACAGCCUAUUUAUCCUUCGCGAUAAAUUUAUCCAGCCCUAAACCUCACCCCUGACGAAGAUUACAAGCAUUCCUGGAGUCAGUUCUUGAGAAGAUCCACGGGGAUCGAUCCAACUCGGCUAUACAGAAUGGCGUUGAGGGAAAGACUCUUCCAAAUUCUUGUGUGUCUACCCUGGUUGCGAUAGAGAGACACACAAAGACCUGCUGCUGAAAACGGAAAACUGACAUUUGCAGCCUUCGUCAGACACUGCUGUGGGAGAAGCACGCGCGCAUCGCAGCGCGGUAAGAUGAGCUGUUUUCCAGCACGCGAGCGGGCGCAUGCCAUGCAGUAGCGCUGCACAUCUUGAGCCGCAGCCAAAUGGCAAGGGCAAGCGCUACCAAAGCGCUUUGACGUUCGCGGAGGACUAGACAUACGAUGCGGUCAAAGGAAGCGUUUCUCCCUGCGUGCUGAGCGCGUGACAAUGAACGGCUGCUGCCGUGGGACAAGUCACCGGUGCGUCCACCACUCUCCGUGGAGUCCAAAACUCACCCUCCUCGCCGAACACGUUUGACUAGCCCUCCUUACACACACCUGCACAUAUAGCUGUCUCUUUUUCGGAACGCGUGUAGUUAAAUAGAACAGCGGGUGUGGAAACAAUGGAAUUAUCUGAGGUGCGGUGUUCCAGCGCGAGCGAGGAGCUGUACACCAUCAACAAAACACCCACCAACAACAGCGGGAACCGACCCAAGCGUUUGCUGUGGCAGAAUGCCGUGCGACAUAUCACCGAGCAACGCUUUAUUCAUGAACACAGCCCGAAGCCCGUCUCACCGGACGAGCCUCACGAGCAGGGCACGCGGAAACAUUCCGCCGGCAAGACCUCUGUGAGCGACCGGCACAACAACGGCGGCACAAAAGUCUUCCCCGAGCGCUCGAGCAGCGACCUGGGUUUCCUGCAGAUCGACUGCGCGCCCAGCAACUCCGACUUCUUCUUGAGCUGGGGCUACACGUACCGCGGGGUGAUCUUCCCCACGCUGCGCUACGCCUUCAAGUCCAGGGAUCUCGAGCGCCUGUACCAGCGCUACUUUCUGGGCCAGCGACGGAAGUCCGUGGUGGUCAUGAACAUUCUGGAUGUGGUGACCAAGCUGACCCUGCUCGUGCUGCACCUGACUCUGGCCUCCACACCGAUGGACCCGAUCAAAGGGAUGCUGCUUGGGUUUUUCACUGGCAUCGAGGUGGUCAUCUGCGCGCUCGUGGUGGUGCGCAAGGACACGAGCUCGCACGGUUACCUGCAGUACAGUGGCGCGGUGACCUGGGUUGCUUUGGCCACGCAGAUCCUCGCGACGGGACUGGGGUACGGCUUGCUCGGAGAUGGGAUAGGGUACGUGCUCUUCACGCUCUUUGCCACCUACAGCAUGCUGCCGCUGCCUCUCACCUGGGCCAUCGUGGCGGGACUGCUGACCUCUGCUCUGCACAUUGCGCUCCAGCUGCUGGUGCCCCCUCGAGCGCAGAUUUCCACGAAUCAGCUGUUAGCUCAGGUGCUGCUGUUCUUAUGUAUAAACACUGCAGGGAUGUUUAUCAGCUACCUGUCAGACCGCGCCCAGCGACAGGCCUUUCUGGAGACACGCAGGUGCAUCGAGGCACGCCUCCGCCUGGAGACUGAAAACCAGCGACAGGAGCGCCUGGUGUUGUCGGUGCUGCCACGCUUUGUAGUGCUGGAGAUGAUAAACGACAUGGCAAAUGUAGAAGACGAGACCCUACAACACCAGUUUCAUCGUAUCUACAUUCAUCGCUAUGAGAACGUUAGUAUUCUAUUUGCUGAUGUGAAGGGCUUCACCAAUCUUUCCACCACCCUCUCCGCUCAGGAACUUGUUCGAAUGCUCAACGAACUCUUUGCACGCUUUGACCGACUGGCACACGAGCAUCAUUGUCUGAGGAUCAAGAUAUUGGGGGAUUGCUAUUAUUGUGUUUCUGGGCUUCCCGAGCCCAGACCAGAUCACGCCCACUGCUGUGUUGAGAUGGGCCUCAGCAUGAUCAAAACCAUCAGGUAUGUGCGCUCAAGUACAAAGCAUGACAUAGACAUGCGUAUUGGAAUCCACUCUGGCUCGGUUCUAUGUGGAGUUCUAGGCCUUCGGAAAUGGCAGUUUGAUGUCUGGUCCUGGGAUGUUGACAUAGCCAACAAACUGGAGUCAGGGGGAAUACCCGGGAGGAUCCACAUCUCCAAAGCAGCGCUAGACUGUCUAAAUGGUGACUAUGAGGUGGAAGAGGGUCAUGGGAAGGACCGUAAUGACUUCCUGCGCAGACACAACAUUGAGACAUUUCUGAUCAAACAGCCAGAGGAGAGCCUGCUCACCUUGCCUGAGGACAUCAUGAAAGAUUCCACAAACCAUUCAGAUCACAGAACCUCCAACACUUCCUUCACAGAGGGAACAUGGAGCCCUGAACUUCCCUUCCAUAACAUAGUAGGCAAACAGAAUUACUCCCAGAUGAGAGAUGAGGUGUUUAAGUCUAAUCUUGUGUGUGCCUUCAUUGUUCUCUUCUUCAUAACUGGAAUUCAAAGCUUACUGCCCUCAGCAAGGAUGGUCACUAUGGUGAUACAGUUCUCCAUCCUCAUCUUGCUGCACUGUUGCCUUGUUGUCGUGACAAUGGCGGAGGAUUAUAAGUGUUUGCCGUUGGUUUUGCGAAAAGCGUGUUGCUGGGUGAACGAAACGUACGCCGCACGGAACUUUGUCAUUUUCCUCUCCAUCCUCAUCAACUUCCUGGCUGCCAUGAUCAACAUACUUUGGUGUGAUUUUGAUAAAUCCAGCUCAUUCAGGAACCAGACGUUUAAUGCAUCUGCCUCAAUCCCAGAUAUCUGCUUCUAUCCAGAGUAUUUUGUGUUUACGGGAGUGUUGGCAAUGGUGACCUGUGCUGUUUUCCUAAGACUGAACUCAGUUCUUAAGCUGGCGAUUCUGUUGAUCAUGAUCGCCAUCUACGCAUUGCUGACAGAGGCUUUCUACACACCAUUAUUCAUCCGCUAUGACACACUUAAUCAGAGCAAAAGCUUCCUGGGAACCAAGGAAACAUCUUUGCUUCUCAUGGCGAUGUUCCUUUUAGCUGUGUUCUACCACGGCCAACAGCUGGAGUAUACCGCUCGUCUGGACUUCCUAUGGCGUGUACAGGCGAAGGAAGAGAUAAAUGAGAUGCGAGAACUGCGUGAACACAAUGAGAACAUGCUCCGAAACAUUCUCCCCAGCCACGUUGCACGCCACUUCCUGGAGAAAGACAGAGACAAUGAGGAGCUCUACUCUCAGUCAUAUGAUGCGGUGGGAGUGAUGUUCGCCUCCAUUCCAGGCUUUGCUGAUUUUUAUUCACAGACGGAAAUGAAUAAUCAGGGUGUGGAGUGUUUGCGGCUGCUCAACGAGAUCAUCGCUGAUUUUGAUGAGCUGCUGGGGGAGGAGCGAUUUCAGGACAUUGAGAAGAUAAAGACCAUUGGCAGCACGUACAUGGCGGUGUCAGGGCUUUCACCUGAGAAACAACAAUGUGAGGAUAAAUGGGGACAUCUGUGUGCGCUGGCAGAUUUCGCCAUUGCUCUGAAUGAGAGCAUUCAGGAGAUCAACAAGCAUUCUUUUAACAACUUCCAACUUAGAAUUGGUAUGGCACAUGGCUCAGUGGUGGCUGGUGUCAUUGGCGCCAAAAAGCCGCAGUAUGAUAUUUGGGGAAAGACUGUAAAUCUGGCAAGCAGAAUGGACAGUACUGGUGUCAGCGGGAAGAUUCAGCUACCAGAGGAAACCUAUGGCAUCCUAAACGAGCGCGGCUUUGCCUUUGAGUACAGAGGCGAGAUCUACGUGAAGGGCAUCAGCGAACAGGAAGGAAAGAUCCGCACACACUUCCUGCUAGGCCGCGUGCAGCCCAAUCCGCUCAUUCUGCAGCCCCGGAAACUCACCGGCCAGUAUUCGCUCGCCGCCGUGGUGCUUGGCCUGGUUCAGUCUCUCAACCGUCAGAAACAGAAACAAAUCCUUAACGAAAAUAACAACACGAGCAUCAUGAAAGGACAUUAUAACCGCAGGACUCUGCUGGCGCCGGGCAGUUCAGAUGCCAGCCACGUCGAGGUCAUGGACAAGAACGAGCUGGCCUAGAGAACUCGAAAAACAGACUGCACACUUAACCAAAAGACUGAGCUGUACUUCAGACUGAUGCCGCUGACUGUCACCUUUGCUGUCUGUGUUUCUUUUUGUAUUUCUUUUGUAUUUGAAAAACAAUA